AAAAAAGGGUGAAAAAAAAGUCAACAGUGUCAGGUUCGUCCAUGGCCCCAGAAGGCGCGCCCUUCCCUCUCCCAGGCGCUGUCCACCUUCACCGGAGCACCGAUCGGCCGUCCGGCGGAUCGGAAGGAAGGAAAGCAGACGGCAGCUUCACGACCUUUAGGGACGGAUCUGCCUGGAGUCCGGCGGAUGGAGGCGAUAGGCAUUUCGAAACGUGGUUGAUCUGCAGAUCUACGAUGUUGAGCUAGGGUUUCUUGCGGGCAGGAGGUUGCCGGCCGGUCGGACGUACAGGAAGACGACCUCGGGUCUCCGAUGACCUUCUCGUACCGGACGGCCGGAGGCAAUCGACGGCUGCAGCAGAUCGGUCUUCGCGAGCUGAUGAUGAGAAAUUGGGGCUUGCUUUUCCCCCGAAGCCUCUCCCUUCCUCCUCGAAAACCCUAGAUGGCCAGGGAGCGAUGGGGACGAUUAGGUAGGUCCUGCGAAGAGGGACGGAAUUCGACGGAUUGAUAGAGGGUGGUCUCGUCAUUUUGUUGACUUGCUGAAAAUUUGGCUCGGCCAGCAACCCGGCUGGUGGCCGUCACGGUGCGUUCUGUGGAGAUCCUUACUGGCCAUGUGUGAGGCGGCGAACAAUCGCAUCUUGGCCGUCUAUCUUUCAAUUGACGGUGGAUAUAUAAGUGGAGAAGGUGAAAUCCUUUUGAAAUUUCCGUUUCUUUUCGGGUUUCUGCAUUCUCAGAGUGGGUCUGAAGUGCCUGUAAUCGACGGCGUCUUUUUUUCCUCCGUCCUUCCUGAGAUUCGAUAUUAACAGAACGAUUGACGGAAGAAAGGGCCAGCAGUAUCAGUUUUAAAUUCUGGAAAAUUUUGGAAAGGUUCCGAUGGCAAUGGAAAAGGAGGUCGAGAACAACAGAGGAUGUCGACCGCCGGAGCCUGACCAUUUCUUGCAGUGGGGGAACACAAAACGUCUGAGGUGCGUCAAAGUGCAGGUGAAGGAUGAGGCCGACGAUAGGACGAUGAUCAGGGCGGAGAGACGCAGCGCUGCAGCCGACAAAGGGUCCUCGCUUCUUUCGUCGUCGGCUGGCUUUCAGCAUCCUCCCUCCCAUCGUGUCCUUAGGAACUCGGAGCCAUUCUUGUUUGGAUUAAGAAGCCUAAACAACGACCAUUUUUCUUCUACGGAGAAGACCGACAGGCAAAAUCACCAUCAAGCAAAAGUGGGGAGUGGCAGGAAUGGGGUCUUGGCAUCAUCGGAGACGAUGGUGACCGAGAAGAAGCAGCCCAACCAUAAGGCCAACGGCCUCGUCAACAAUGGCAGUCACGAGAACGGCCAUCAAAGCAACCAUAAAAGCCAACCUGUGGUGUGGCCAAAAUUCAUCAUCGCCCUCAAUUGCAAGGAAAAGGAGGAAGAUUUCAUGUUAAUGAAGGGGUCCAAGCUCCCACAGCGCCCCAAGAAGCGGUCCAAGUUUCUUCAGAGAACCCUAAACUUGGUAAGCCCUGGCUCCUGGCUGUGCGAACUAAAUCAUGAGCGCUAUGAGGUCAGGGAAAAGAAGACGUCCAAGAAGAGACCAAGGGGAUUGAAGGCGAUGGUUGGUAGCAUGGAUAGCGAUUCAGACUGAAGGCCGGCGCUCUCGUUUUUCUGUUUUUCCUUUCCUUUUUAUCUCCAUCCUCGGUAAUGUUUUAGGUUUUGAUCUUUUAUAUUGAGUCCCGGUUCUUCUUUCUAUUAUUGUAUUAGUUUUUCUGGCAAUGUUGCCUUGGGAAGGAGAGGGAUAGAGAGAGGAGGGGAGGAAAAGAGGAGAGAUGGAAAGGCGAGAAAAAUCUGCCGAGAUAUGUAUCACAAGUGUAUGUCCAUGUGAAAGUAAUCGAUUCCGAGUUCGCAGCA